CGCGAUGUGCCUCCAUCGUGUUAUCAAUCAAUCUCCAGUCAUCCUCGCUUCUUCUUAUCUCCCCCGCUUCCCUCGCAUCCCCUUGCGUGAUGGCUUGUUGACCCGCCCGUCCCUUCUUUCUGUGACAGGCGAGCCAUCUCUCUUGCGGGCUCGACCAACCCCCGGCGACGGCAUCCGAUGAACUACCAAUCCAUCACCAUGGCAGGCAAUGCCUCCCACAGCGACCGGCAGCAGGAUGGGGCCGCCCGAGAUGGCUCAUCGCCCAGAUCCUCGGUCGACCAUAGUGGACGGACAGUCUACGCCGAUGAUCCCCACCCCUCCGUCACCUCCCCCCAGAGCUUCACCUCGCGGUCCUUGCUCGUCGGGUUGCUAAUCGGCGCUCUGAUCACCUUCUCCAAUACAUACUUUGGCCUGCAGACAGGAUGGAUCAGCACCAUGGCCAUGCCGUCCGCCCUGAUCGGGUUCUCCGUCUUCAAGGUCCUAUCGAAACAUCUGUCCUACCCUUUCACUCCCAUCGAGAAUGUCCUCAUACAAACGGUAGCAGGGGCGGUGGGGACAAUGCCCUUGGGUUGUGGGUUUGUCGGGGUCAUCCCCGCGUUGGAAUUCCUGAUCAAAGAUGGAGACGAUGGCCCCUCGGGAGAUGGUGGUACCGGAGAAGGCGGGCCUCUGAAGCUGAACUUCUGGAAGCUCGUGAUCUGGAGUCUGGGGGUCUGUCUGUUUGGGGUCGUGUUUGCUGUUCCUCUAAGAAAGGAGGUGAUUGUUCGGGAAAAGCUCAAGUUCCCGAGCGGAACAGCCUCGGCGCUGAUGCUGAGGGUGCUUCACGGAAGUGGGCAGGGUGAUGAGAAGGCCAAGGCGAGGGUGGAGGACGUUGAAGAUAUUCCACAGCGUGAGGAGGCAUAUGAAGCGCCUGUUCCGGCGCAUGGGCCCGGAGAAAGUGGGCCAUUGCUCCGGAAGGCCGGCUCUAGCCAACUGGACAAUGACCAAAAGGACUGGAGAUCGAAGAUGCGCCUCCUGGUAGGCGCCUUUGCAGUAUCCGGUGUCUAUACACUCUUCUCGUAUUUCGUCCCGCAAGUUCGUGAUAUCCCUAUAUUGGGUCUGUACCUGGCCAAAAACUGGCUAUGGACCCUCAACCCGUCUCCCGCAUACGUCGGCCAAGGAAUCAUCAUGGGUCCCUCGACCUGUAUGCAUAUGCUCUUUGGUGCGGUCUUGGGUUGGGCAAUUCUUUCGCCGCUUGCGAAGGCUCGUGGCUGGGCCCCCGGGCCUGUGGACAGCUGGGAAGAUGGAAGCAAGGCUUGGAUUGUCUGGAUUUCGCUGGCCAUUAUGCUUGCGGACUCUCUUGUCAGCCUCGGUUGGCUGGUGGUGAGGCCAUUGGUACCCCGUGCAUCAAUGUUGAAAGACAAGCUUCUCCCCAGUCGUGCCGGGCGGCGCAUUGUCUCCGGGGGCUCGACGUCUUCCAACCUCCAUUCGUACAUCACUUACUCCGCCCUGAGUCCCAUUACCGAAGAAUCUUCCAUCCCAAGCCAUCCCGUUCCUUCCAUCGGGAGACGCAGCGCAACUGACGACGACGAUGAAGAUGCCCCUCCCUCUCAGCUCAUCUCCACCCGCACCGUCAUCAUCCUCCUUCCCCUGACUCUGAUCCUGAACGUCGUGUGCAUGCACCUCGUCUUCGGCGAUAUCAUGUCUCCACUGCUGUCCAGCCUCGCUACCUUCCUGGCGGUCCUCCUCUCCAUCAUGGGCGUUCGUGCCCUUGGCGAAACCGACCUGAACCCCGUCUCCGGGAUCAGCAAACUAACUCAGCUGCUCUUCUCCCUGGCAACCCCUGCCUCUCACUUCUCCCGCCGCACCGCCCUCGUCACCAACCUCCUCGCGGGCGCCGUAUCCGAGUCCGGCGCCCUCCAAGCCGGAGACAUGAUGCAGGACCUGAAAACCGGGCAUCUCCUCGGCGCCAGCCCCAAGGCCCAAUUCUACGGUCAAAUCAUCGGCAGUCUCGUGGGCGCGGUGCUCUCCACCGCCGUCUACAAGAUGUAUGUGAGCGUCUACGAAGUCCCGGGGCCCAUGUUCCAGACCCCCACGGCAUAUGUGUGGAUCUUCACCGCGCGUCUCGUCACCGGCCAAGGCCUUCCCCCAAUGGCCUGGCAGGCGUCUCUCAUCGCCGGCAUCAUCUUCGUAGCCGUAACCAUCCUCCGUCUUGUCGCCGCAUCCCCCAUUGCUAACGGCGGCCGCAAAGACGUUUCCGCCCCCUGGCGCGACUGGAUCCCCGGUGGCAUCGCCGUCGCCGUAGGGAUCUUCAACGUCCCCUCUUUCACUCUGGCUCGCGCCAUCGGCGGCCUCAUCGCCUGGUGGUGGUCCCGACGACACGCCGCAAAAUCCAUCGCGGCGGCUUCCGGCUCUGCCGCCACCACCACUAGCGACGUCGAUAACCAGACGAACUUAUCCGAGUCCUGGACGGCCGCUCAAGCCAGAGGAACACCACCCUCAGAACAAGCAGCCAAGGCUGCGAAUGCGGAUGCCGCAUCCUCGACAGUGGUGGUCCUCGCCUCGGGAUUGAUUCUAGGCGAGGGGAUCAUCAGCAUUGUGAACUUGCUUCUGGCGAGUGGCGGGGUUCCACAUCUUUGAAACGAUGCAGAAGUGGCAUGUAGAUUAGAUGUUCUGUUUGGUUGGUAGGAUGGUGGAUUGGUAUUGGUAGAGGAGAGCAUGUGAAUAAAAUGUAGAGUUCUGGAUA